CUUUUCCGGGAACGCCCCCUGCUACUAGCGAGCCAAUGGGGCGCGGGCAGAGCGCUCCGGAGGUGUGCCAACGUUCGAUCGCCCUUUGACGCUCCAGCGGCGCCUUCCGGGCGCAGAAAGCUUCUCUUGGUCUGGGGCCCUUCCCGGCGAUUGGCGCUUCAUGGCCCGCCACAGCAAGCUCCAGCUGCAAGUCCUGAGCCUGUACCGAAGCUUCCUCCGGGCCGCCGAGGACAAGCCGGGCUUCCUGCCCCGGAUUCGGGCCGAGUUCCGGAAACACGCCCAGAUCCCCCGGGCGGACGUCAUGCACAUAGAGUACCUCCUCCGGCGUGGACAGAGGCAGCUGGAGCAGCUCAGAGACGUCCACACCAAGCAGAUGGGUGUCUUCAUCAAAACGAAACGGGAGGAGUAGAGAUGUAAAAUUUCCAGAAAUUUUGAAG